GUCAGGAUGUCUGUUUCUCAAUUGAUUCUGUAACCACGCUGAAAGUAGACUCCAUCAAGCCCUAAGGAGCGUUCUCAAGGCGAUCAAAGUGAAGGAAGGAAGGAGAAAUGGCUUCGGUCGUGAGGGGCGUCCUCAAAGCGAUCAAAGAGAAGGGCAUCGUCAAUUUCGCCAAAGAUCUUAAAGAAGAGGGCUAUUUGAACUGCAUUUUUGAUGGAAAUCUACUGCAAACUAAAAUUCACAAUAUAGGAGCUACUCUUGUCGGAGUUGAUAAAUUUGGAAAUAAGUAUUAUCAGAGACUGGAUGAUACCCAAUAUGGAAGGCACAGGUGGGUGGAGUAUGCUCAAAAAAGCAGGUAUAAUGCAUCUCAGGUGCCGCCUGAAUGGCACGGCUGGCUGCACUUCAUUACUGACCAUACUGGCGAUGAGCUUUUGAUGCUGAAACCCAAAAGGUAUGGAGUGGAGCACAAGGAAAAUUUCUCUGGUGAGGGAGAUGAGUAUAUCUACCAUUCCAAGGGCCAUGCCCUCAACCCAGGCCAGAGGGACUGGACCCGAUACCAGCCAUGGCUAUCCACCAAGACCUCUUCUUAGCUUUUGACGUCUGGAUUAUGAGAAUCAUAUUUUGUUUUUGAAUAAACAAAUUGAUUGCUCUUUGUUCUUCUCAAGCAAAUCUUGUAAGUUCUGCUGCUGCAGAUAAACUGCAUUGUAUUUGAUUUAUCGUUUAGAAAAUUUGAAGCUUGCAUACCUUUUGUUAAAGAGUGUUCAUCAGUUGUGUA